GUCUUGCACGCUCUCUCGUUACCCCCCGCUGUGGUUAUUAUACCGUUUACCACCUUAAUCCCUUCAAAACGCUUUUAUAAUUUCACAUAAUCUCUUCUUAGAAAUCUCAAUCGUUUAUUCAGAUGGGAAAUCGAUCAAAGACAGACAAUGCAACUGCCGUGGCAUCGCAACCACCCAAAAAAGUUAAAUCGAAAAAGCAAAAGAAAAUGAGCUUUUCACAAGCACAAGACGUAUAUCUUCGUCUGAAGCAAGAAAAAGAAGAGGAGAAACAACGAGAGCGAGCCGAACGAGAAAAGCGAAAUGAGACGAUUGCAGCGACAAAUAAAUCAAGAAAGAAGAUGAAUCAGGCAUUGGCAAAAAGAAAUAAAAAAGGACAACCAAAUCUGAAUGCUCAAAUGGAUGUACUUCUCGAGAGGAUACAGAAAAGAGUGGAUAAGGAGAAAAAGGAGAAGAAAUGAACUAAUUGUUUUGUCUUUUAUAUUUUCAGAUUUUUUUUGUUGAAAUGAAAUUGUUGUGUUUUUAAAAA